AUGGCUUUCUCUGCAGCCUCUAGGUCUGACGAACAGAUCUUCAGUGGAAGAGAGUCCAGUUCCUCUGAAUCAGAAUAUGAUUAUGACUUCUUUUGGAGAAAGGAUACGCCAUUGACCAAGAUCUUAGAUAUCGAUACCAAUACCAAAGAUUCACAUGUUGCCAGAGAUGAGAGGUUGCUGAGAUUGACUGGUUCCCAUCCAUUCAACUGUGAACCACCUCUGUCUUUGAACUACCAGCAGGGAUUUAUCACACCAUCUCACUUGCACUUUGUAAGAAACCACGGUGCUGUGCCUGUUGUUGACGAGUCAGAAAUCAUGAACUGGACCUUCACUGUCGAAGGUAUGGUUGAUAAUCCAUUGACUUUGACUUUGAAAGAUAUGAUACGUGACUUUCCACAAUACACAACCCCAAUAACUCUGUGCUGUGCUGGUAAUAGACGAAAAGAGCAGAACAUGGUCUUGAAGGGUAAAGGUUUCAACUGGGGUGCCUCAGGUGUUUCAACGUCUCUAUGGACAGGUUGUUUCCUAUGGGAUAUCAUCUCCAAGGCUAAUCCUUCUAAGAAAGCUAGGUAUGUCUGGAUGGAGGGAGGCGAUGAUCCUGCUAAAGGACCAUAUGGUACGUGUGUUCCCCUCCACAUGGUUAGAGACACCGAGAGAAUGAUCAUGGUUGCUUAUAAGCAGAACGGUGAAUUUCUAUCACCAGAUCAUGGUAAACCGCUGCGUUGUGUUCUGCCAGGUAUUAUCGGUGGUCGUUCAGUUAAGUGGUUGAAGAGACUGGUUGUUUCAGACGUCCCCUCCAAUAACUGGUAUCACUACUACGAUAACAAGGUUCUGCCAACGAUGGUUACCAACAAAAUGGCUGCUGAAGAGGACCACUGGUGGAAGGAUGAGCGGUACACAAUCUAUGACCUGAACUUACAGACCAUCACUGUCUACCCGGAGAACGAUGAACGCUUGAUCAUCAAUGAAACAAACGAGAGUGAGCUCUACGAAAUCAAGGGAUUUGGGUAUAAUGGAGGUGGUAAGCGAAUUGGAAGAAUCGAGGUUUCCCUGGACCGUGGUAAGACAUGGACACUUUGUGAUAUCGACUACCCAGAAGAUAGAUAUAGGGAAGCUGGCUACGUCGACCUCUUUGGUGGUACUGUCAACGUCUGUGACAGAAUGUCCUGUCUUUGCUGGUGCUUCUGGAGCACCAAAGUGGAGAAGAAGCUCUUCAAGAGCUCCAAGGAUAUCGUCGUGAGAGGUAUGGAUAUCUCUAUGAGUGCUCAACCUAGAAACAUGUACUGGAAUGUCACCUCCAUGCUUAAUAACUGGUGGUACCGUGUUGCCAUCCAGCCUGGAGACACAGCAGAUGAGGUCAAGUUCGAACAUCCUUGCAUUGCCAACAAGGCUGGAGGAUGGAUGGAUAGAGUCAAAGCACAAGGUGGUGAUAUUCUCGAUAGAACCUGGGGUGAGGAUGAUGAAGACGAUUCUGGUCCUAAAGUCAAAAAAGAGGUUGUUGAUGAGGACCUGGAGAUGAUGAUCAAUCCUGAAAAGAGGGACGUUAUCAUUACAGCUGAGGAGCUGGCGAAGCACGCUAACAAAGAGGACCCAUGGUUUGUCGUUAAGGGUCAUGUUUUCACCGGUACGCCGUUUUUGGACGAGCACCCAGGUGGUGUUCAAGCCAUUACAAAUGUUGCUGGUGAAGAUGCCACUGAUGACUUCAUUGCUAUUCACUCUGAAGGAUCCAAACUGUUGAUGAAAAAGUUCCAUAUAGGAAGACUUGAAACCACGGCAGUGUCAGCCCCUACAGACGCUGUGACUGAAAUCACACCUACGCUUUUGAAUCCUAAAGUUUGGAAGAAGAUCACACUAGUGAAGAAGGAAAUCAUAUCUCAUGAUUCAAGAAUAUUCCAUUUCGCUCUUGAGUCGCCAGAGCAAACCACUGGAUUGCCCGUUGGUAAGCACCUGUUCAUCAGAUCUAAAGGACCAGACGGAAAACUCGUGAUGAGGGCCUAUACACCUAAGUCAAACCACAAGCAGAAAGGUAUAUUGGAAAUUCUAAUCAAAGUAUACUUUCCUCGUGGUGAUAUUCCAGGUGGUAAGAUGACCAUGAUUUUGGAGAACAUGGAGAUGGGCACUCAAAUUGAAGCUAAAGGUCCAACUGGUGAGUUUGAAUAUUUGGAGAAUGGUAACUUCCUCUAUAAUGAGAAGCCUGGAAGAGCUGACUCUUUCUUACUCCUGGCUGGUGGAUCUGGUAUUACCCCUUGUUAUCAAGUUAUCGCAGAGAUUGUGUCUCAAGAAAAGGACAAUACAAAGAUGAAAAUGUUCUACGCCAAUCGUGCUCUUGGGGACAUCCUUUGUUACGAAGACCUUGAAGGAUUUAAGAAAUUUACAAAUGCUAAUCUUGAAAUAGAUUACUGUCUUUCAGAAACACCCGAGGGUUGGAAAGGUCUCACUGGUUAUCUUAACAAAGAGUUAUGGGACCAAUAUAUCGAGGAACAAAAGAAGAACGGUGAGUUCAUGGUGCUGGUCUGUGGUCCUCCUGGAAUGGUUGGCGCUAUAGAGAAGCUUGUUAAAGAGAGCGAUCUAGACCCUUCAAGAGUUGUCUACUUCUGA